CUCCAAUAUCUCUUCAAUUCCAAUUUCAAUCACUCAUAUUCAUAUUCAUAUUCAACCACUAAUGGCAACACUUUCAAUGAUUGAUUCCAACUCCCACAUGGAUAAACUCACCUCUGAAAUCUUCUCCAUUCUUGAAAACAAGUUUUUGUUUGGGUACGAUAAUAAUAAUAACAAUAAUAAUGUUACUUCCCCUACAAAAGACCAGGUUUCUGUCCCUAUUGAUGAAAUGAAGUUCCACAAACAUGUGUCCGGAAAAGUUAGGGUGCUUUCAAUUGAUGGUGGCGGCGCGACUGAUGGAGUUCUCGCUGCCAUGUCAAUUGUGCACCUGGAGUCGUCGCUCCGUCGGAGUUCCGGAAUCCCAGAUGCCCGCAUUUCGGAUUUUUUCGAUGUGGUCACCGGGUCGGGUAUAGGGGGUGUGUUGGCGGCUUUGUUGUUUACCAAAGGGAAAGAUGGCGAGCCGUUGUUUACUGCGGAUGACGCGCUUCGGUUUGUGGUGGAAAACGGGUGCAAAAUGUCGCGGUUUUGUAAACCAGGGGUUUUUCGGCGGAUUCUUGGGAAUCCGCCGAAAAGUGGGAAGGUGUUUAGUAAGACUUUUGGGGAUUUGUCCUUGAAAGAUACUGUAAAAGCGGUUCUGAUACCAUGUUAUGAUUUGACCACUGGGGCGCCUUUUGUUUUUUCUCGUGCUGAUGCUGUGGAAAUGGAAGGAUGUGAUUUUAAAAUGAGUGAUGUGUGCGCUGCCACCACCGCGGUUAAUGGGCCCGUUGAGACGGUGUCGGUGGACCGCAGAACGAAGAUAUCCGCGGUUACCGGUGAGCUAGCGAUGAAUAACCCGACCGCUAUGGCGAUCACGCACAUCCUCAACAAUAAACAAGAGUUCCCGUUUUGUAACACCGUCGACGACUUGCUUGUCGUGUCUCUAGGCAACGGCGAACCAUCGUGUGGCGUUGCUGGGAAUCAGACGCCAUCGCGGGCGGCCUUGCUUAAGAUCGUUGGAGAAACAGUUUCGGAUACGGUUGAUCAAGCGAUAUCAAUGGCGUUUGGACAAUCACGAGCUAGUAACUAUGGUCGUAUACAAGGUAACAAAGGUUUUGUAGACUCGGGGAAUCUUAACAAGGGAAAAGAAACGAAUAUGCUUAAAUUGGCCGAACAAAUGUUGAGACAAAAGAACGUUGAAUCUGUGUUGUUUCAAGGGAAGAAGUGUAACAAAACUAAUCUGGAUAAGUUGGAGUUUUUCGCUACAGAAAUCGUUAAGGAAACCGAAAGGCGGAAGUUGAAUAUAUUACCUACCGUUGUGUUAAGGCAAACAACUACAUCGUCGUCGCCUAGAACAUCCUCUGCCACGACCUUAUCUAUCACGUCUUCAAAUUAGUUUUCAGAUAUGUUGUUGAAGAAAACGAGGCUUAAAACGCACAUAAGGAAGAUUUAUUUUAUGGGUUUGCAUUUUAGGGUAAGAUCAUUAUGAUCGAUGGUAGUUUAAUUGUGUAUAUAGAAAGAUUUGAGGAUUUGUGUUAGAAGAAUUUUUGUUCGACUCCGAGCAAUAUCGAACAAUUGCGAUGUAUGUUAGGGUUUGGUUGGAUUUAGUAGUUAGAAAUUUGAGUGAAAAGUAUUUUAUACAUUGUGGGUA